ACAAAAAAAAAUUAAGAUUUCUAUUAUUUUUCAAAAUCUAUAACGGAUAACUGUCUUUUGUAAUACUAUGAAAAAAGGUCAUGGAUUAAAAGAAAAUGGGUAGUUAAUUUAGUUAAUUAGUUUUACUAAUGUUGAGUACUUUUUCAACCAGACUAAAUAUUCCAGGUUUGAAGACGGUUUGAAGACGUCCGUUUUCACGUUUUAAAAACUAAAGCUAUGUUCCAGCCUUAGAUUCUCUUAGUCUUAAGCGAAAACUGUUGUUCUAAAUUGUCCGCACAAUACUAUCCUAUUUUUUGUAGAUAUACAACAAUUUUUCCUAACAUAAAUUUACAAUGGAGAAUACAAUCUAUAAGGUUUAAACAUGUUAGAAAUCAAAGGUUCAUUGUAUAUGUACAACAGAUUGUAAAUUAUAAAAAUGGCUAAAGCAUAUUGUCGAACACUUAGAGCCCGUUUGGUAGCACGAAAAUCGGCUGAUAUGGCUGAUUCUGCUGAAAUUUAUGAAGUUCUGACUGAAGUGGCUGUAUUGGCUGAUUCUGCUGAUUUAAGAAAAAAUUAUUUUUAAAAUAUACUUCAUUAAUAAAACAAAGAAAAAAUUAUAUGUAAAAAUAGCUAAAAUGAUCAUCUACAGUAACUUCAGCCAAUACAGCCGGAAAAGUAACCCCAACCUUACUUUUUCUGCUUAUUACACAACUCAGCGCGCGAAAGCAAAAGUUACGUGUUUGGUGAAAAAAUUGGCUGAUAAGCCUGAUAAGCCGAAAAACAGUGUUGCCAAACACCCUCUAAUUGACAUUCAUUAAGUGCUUGUGUUUUGAAAGUAAUUGUUUACGAACGUAAAAUUGAUUCUCAAAAGAUGUCUGUCAAGCAACUUAACACCAAUCUUGGUUGUGAAAAGAUAUACUAAUAGAGAAUCACACAUCCUAUUAAGUACUCUUUUUGUUCUAAGAUACCAAAAUAAGCUGAACUAUAUAAAAUUGACAGUAAAUCCUUCACUUGAUGUUUUUUUGUCAACCCAAAUAUAGAGAUGUAGAACUUUUCCAUCUUGAAUGUCUAUGCUUAUUUAACCUACUAAAUCAGUAAAUGCUUGCACUACCCAUAAACUUGUGGGACCUAAUUUCUUUAUACAUUUAUAUUCCAUAGGUCGUUGCAAAAAAAGCCUACGACUCCUAUAUAAAGGUAUGUUUACUCACUGUUCUUAAAUAAAUCUUACCUUGCUUUACAUUUAGUGAAUAUUAUUACACUUGUUUGUGAAGUUGCAUGCUAAUAAAUAAAUGGUCGGGGUCCGUGAUGCUCUAUGCCGGCGUUAGGGUCGGUCCCAGAUGUGGACUUGGUAUUUUUAUGCAAUCCGGAAUGGGUCUGUGAUGCUCUAUGCCGGCGAUUGUGAUACCCCUGGGGUAUAUGGAAAUAUACUCCAUAAGUCCCCCACUCUCCAAAGCGAAAGUGACACUUAAGGUUCGGGUUGGAUUCCGUAGUGGCAGGUACUGAUGCUGAACGUAGGUUGGAUUGGGGGCGCACUAGAAGUUCAGACGAAUAGUUUGGCAGGUGAUAUUUGCGUUCGACAGUGCAGGCCAGCAUCAUAGCUGAGUCAAGGUCUAAUGGAUCCUGGUACUCAACCUCCAUUCGGACAACCUCGCGGAGCCCGGCUGUAAAUAUCUUAACCUGCAUACGGGCAGAGAUCCCCACCGUGCGAGCUAAUAUGUGUUGAAAAGUUUCAAUAUACAACUCAAGGUCGCUCGUCUAGCGUAGUUUGGCAAGUUCUCCUUCGGGAUGGGCAAUACUAGGCGGGCCAAAACGUUUCGUACAUCUGGUGUAGAACUCUGUCCAAGAGACUGGUCAUGCGCUCGUAUCCAACUGAUUAGCCCAAAGUUGCGCUGUGCCGAUCAUAUGGAAAGUCGCCAGGCCAACCCGAGCUUGAGCUGGGGUACGUUGCUGAACAAAGAAGCUUUCACAGCGUUUUAGCCAUGACAGAGGGUCACUCUUCCCAUCGUACUGCGGAAAUUCCAUCUUGGAGAAUCUGGGAACCAAGGAGUCUUCAUGAUCACGGCGAAAAGAGUCGGCUUCUCUUCUGCGUGCAAACUGGGGAGAACCAGAUGACGGUCCCCCUGUUAACCUCUGCACGGUGGUGGACAAGGCUUCCAUGGCCGCCGGAAAAGCGAGCAAUUUAUUAAAGUUUAGGCAGCUUCUUAAUUAGCAUUUAUCUCCUUCUAUAAUUAGUCAUAUCUGCAGCAACAAAUGUAUCAAAAUAAGUAGACAAAGGAUGUUGGACAGUAAUAUUAUCAACCAAAGGGGCCUGGCAGUGAUCUGUUCCUAGCAAGGAACCGAAUACAGUAGCAUCGUAAGGGGCCUUAGCAGUAACAGAAAUAUCCUGCUCCUCUAAAGUUGCCAGAACAGAGGCAUGUGGAACAUCAUUUAACAGGGGCAUGAGGAACAUCAUUAACAGGGGCAUGAGGAACAUCACUAAAGACAGGAACAACAACAUCAUUAACAGGGGCAGCAGUUGUUUUAGGAACAAUUAAAGCAGUUUCUAUAGAACCCAAAGAAGAGGUACCAGGGUCCUUAGUUGCCUUUGAAACUUUAGGCACAAUAACAUCAAUAGCAGGGGUCUUGAGGGAAGAAGUUACAGGGACAAUAACGGGUGCCCCAACCUGGUUUUUUGGCACACAAUUGGUUGCCAGAGGGCAUUCCGUAUCGGUAUGGCCAAACCGGAAGCAUUUUUUACAGAAAAGUGGUAUGUUUUCAUACCCAAUAUUCUGAAAAAACCCUGUUGCAGCAUCGCCUAUCCAAACUUUUGGUGGCAGAUCAAGAGAGAUAUCCAUUUCUACACAAAUCCUGGUUGUGGAUGGUAUAGAGAAGUUUGCAGUAGGGGUAUCAAUUCUUUUCGGGUUCCCCAGAAGCUUACCAAUAGACUUGAGGGCUCGUAAAUCAUGUAGGUGGACUGAAAGUCCAUCGAGAGAGAUCCAGACAGGGGCCAGUGGUGAGUCCCGUUCAACGGAGAAGCUCAGGGUCCAUCGGGUCACGACCAUCUGGAACCCAAAGAAAUCCCAGGAUUCUUGUCCCAAAAUUUUUGGAAAUCCAGGUCGGACUUGAAAUUGAUUAGAACAAUGUUCGAUUGGAGCAAACCAACCGAAUAAGGUUGAGCAAACCCUAACAUUUCAAAAGCUUUACGAAUCGCAGGAAUAGGGGGGCGUCCGACGGGGAAAGUACCGACCAGAGCGUAUCGGAAUGGGAGGGAAAGAACCUGUAAGUCUUCAUCAGAGAAGGAAAUGGACGGGAAGCCUCUGACGGUUCCGGGCAAUCCCAACUCAGCUGCGUCUGAAAGCGAGCAGCCCUGAGAAUGCAAUCGAUGGCCUGGGAUAGGAUCCCUUACCACCGAUGCAUAGGAAAUCUUCGCCUGCGAGGUCACCUGGACUGGUCCUUCCACCGGCCCCAUUACUGCCGCACUGGUUCAGGCUGCCCGAAUGGUGUAUAUUUGUGACACUCAUGCUAACUUUAUGUGUAUACUUAUGUAUAUGAUUUUUAUACAAGCAUAUAUUCAUAACUGAUUAUGUGAGGGUAUAUUUGAAAUAUUUGUUUUUUGAAUAUUGCAUGCCUUUUUAGAUCUAAGUUUGCGAAACAAUAAGAGAGAUUUGCAUGUUUUUUGAAGAAGUAUGUUUUCAUUUUCUAAAUGAUUUGUCAUUUUGAAAUUAUUAUUGCCAAAGAGGGUCAGGUUUGACUAUUGUACCCAUUUUCAAAAUCAAAGUUUGCAAAGAAGUAAUGCCAAUGUAUGAUGAGGACAAUAACAAAAUAAAUCUUAGAUACAAAUGUUUACCAUAAGUGUCAAUCAUGUUUAAAGUUUCGGAAGUACUAAGUAUAAGGAAUGAUUCACUAAGGACUACCCAAAUAUCUUUUGCAAGUGAAUUGUACAAAUAUUUGCGAAGUAUAGUUAUUUUUUAAAAUUUAUAUUCUUUUGUCAAUUUUUCUUGAUAGAGGUCGUACAUACAAAGCUUUACUACUUUAUUAUAUUUUUAUUCUUUUUUCAAUUUUUCAUUAAUUUUCUCAUUUAAUAAUUGUAUAACAAUACUAUAAAUGUUUCGUUACACAAUUAAAUAUUCUACAUCCAUACUUAUGUGUGUAUGUGAAUAUAUUAAAUUUUAUUUGCUAAGAAAUUAACUUAUUUGUAAGUAGUUUUUAUUACUUUUUUAUUUCAAAAAAAUUGUUUGUAAUUGCAAGACUAUCACUAUCCACAAGAUAUGACACAAGCAUAGAGUUAAACCCUGAUGGCCAACAUGAUGUUGCUAUAAAAGAAUGGUUUUUGAUACUUGAUUCACUUUCACUUUAUUAUCAACACAUUUUUAAUUACAAAAAACAGUAAACUAUUAUAGAACUAAAACAUAUAAUGUUUUUUGAUUGAUUGGAGAGUUGCAAAUGCACAAGCAAUUCAACAAAUCAACAAUGAAGAAUUGUACAUGAACUCACUUGUUCAGUUUGGACAACAGGAUUUGCAAAAAAAAUCAAAUGUUUGUGACAUGAAACACUCUCUGGAUGAGGUUAAAGUAUUUUGGAUUCAAGGGAACUUGACUUUGUUGGAAUAUGGAUUUAUUUCGUUUUACAUUGGCUGCAAUGGCUGCAAUAAAACAAUUAAGUCUGUUGAAGGUGUUCAAUUUCAGUAUCUGCAUUGUGGGAACAAAAAUGGGGUCACCACAAAGAGGUUUUGUUUGAGUGUUGAAAUUUCUGAUACUACCGGGGUGCUAGAAACCACUCAAUUCACCAAUGAAGUGUAUAAGCUGUUGCGAGUGCUUGAAAUUUGUGACACUCCAGAUUGUGUUGACUACAUCCAACUGAAUGACAGAGUGAGGACCCUCAUUUCACAAUUGCACUCAAAUUAGGGCGUUCAAAUUCACAAUCAAAAGGUAGAAAAAAUUCCUCUGAGCUUUGUCUUUCUUUGUCCGGUGAUAUUCCAACAAGCAAUGGUUCUCUAAACAAUGUUGUUCAAGAUAAAGCGCUUACAAGUUCCCCGGAAGCUGAGAGGAUGCUCUUUGUGGAGAAAAACAAAGAAACACAGCCCAAGGAAGCACAAGUUCAAGAUAAUCAAGCAAUUCCAGCGACCUCUUCCAAAAAACAAAGGAAAAAAACACCAAAAAUGUUAAGUUCGUGUGUUAAGAUAUGUCUAGUUUAAUAAUGCAUUCUACUGUAUUUCAUGACUUAUAAGUAAGAUACAUAUUAACUAUUUAGAAUGUCUUACAUAAAAUAAGAUAGGUCAUAUGUAUGACAUGUACAUGUAAAACUAUAUAAAUACUACAAGUAUUGGAUAUUAAUUACUUCCCGCGCGUGUUAUCAUUUAAGGCUAAUGCUUUGGUAUAAUUUCUUAUGAAUUAGAGAUAAAC